CAGGCGCGUCGCGAGAGAGAAACACUUCAGAAUACAGAGCGCACGAGCGCAGACACGCGAGACGCAUCCAGAGUUAUUGACCACACAGCACACGAGUAUUCAGUCAUCAUGCCGGCCACAGAGAAAGACCUGGCGGACGACGCGCCGUGGAAGAAGAUCCAGCAGAACACGUUCACUCGCUGGUGUAACGAGCACCUGAAGAGCGUCAACAAACGCGUCGCGGACCUGCAGCUGGACCUGAGCGACGGACUGCGGCUCAUCUCGCUGCUCGAGGUGCUCAGCCAGAAGAAGAUGUACAGAAAAUAUCACGCCAGACCCACCUUCAGACAGAUGAAGCUGGAGAACGUGUCCGUGGCGCUCGAGUUUCUGGACCGAGAGAAUAUAAAGCUCGUGUCCAUCGACAGCAAAGCGAUUGUGGACGGGAACCUAAAGUUGAUCCUGGGUCUGGUAUGGACCCUCAUCCUCCAUUACUCCAUCUCUAUGCCCGUCUGGGAGGAUGAAGAUGAUGAUGAAGCCAAGAAACAGACGCCCAAGCAGAGACUGCUCGGCUGGAUCCAGAACAAAGUGCCUGACCUCCCCAUCACUAACUUCAGUCAGGACUGGAGGAACGGCCGGGCGCUGGGCGCUCUGGUGGACAGCUGCGCUCCAGGCCUGUGUCCUGACUGGGAGAUCUGGGACGGGGAGAAGCCGGUGGAAAACGCCACGGAGGCCAUGCAGCUCGCUGAUGAUUGGCUGGGAAUCCCACAGGUGAUUGCUCCAGAGGAGAUCAUUGACCCCAGUGUGGACGAGCAGUCAGUCAUGACGUAUCUGUCUCAGUUCCCCAAAGCCAAACUGAAGCCCGGAGCUCCUCUCAAACCCAAACUCAACCCGAAGAAGGCGCGUGCGUACGGCCCAGGCAUCGAGCCGACCGGGAACCGUGUGAUGCGUCCGGCCGUGUUCACCGUGGACACCUUCAGCGCAGGUCAAGGUCAGGUCACCGUCUAUGUUGAAGACCCGGAGGGCCUCAGAGAGGAGGUCAAACCUGCGCUCAAUGAAGGCAAAAAGACCUACAGCGUGACAUACAUCCCUCAGGUCAUGGGACCGCACAAGGUCACUGUGCUUUUCGCUGGACAGCAAAUCCCAAAGAGCCCGUUUGAGGUGAAUGUGGACAAAGCCCAGGGAGACGCCACUAAAGUCACGGCUAAAGGACCCGGACUGGAGCCACUGGGCAACAUCGCCAACAAACCCACCUUCUUCGACAUCUACACCGCAGGUGCCGGAGUGGGUGACGUGACUGCUGUCAUCAAAGACCCUCUGGGUAAUAAAAACACUGUGGAGGCCAUCAUGGAAGACAAGGGCGAAAGCGUCUUCCGUUGCACCUACAAACCCAUGCAGGCCGGCCCUCACACCAUCAACAUAACAUUCGGAGGCAUCGCCAUCCCUAAGAGCCCCUUCACCGUCAAUAUUGGCCCAGCAUCCGUUCCCGGAGCGUGUCGAGCCACCGGUCGAGGUCUGCAGCCCAGAGGGGUGAGAGUGCGUCAGGUGGCUGAUUUUAAGGUGGACACCCAUAACGCUGGCAGUGGAGAUCUGAAGGUCACCGUUAAAGGACCCAAAGGUCUAGAGGAGCCUGUGAAACAGAAGGACGCUUCAGACGGCGUUUACUCGUAUGAAUACUAUCCACACACACCUGGCAAAUACAGCGUCAGCAUCACCUGGGCCGGGCAGCACAUUCCUAAGAGUCCUUUCGAGGUUCAGGUGGGUCCUGAGGCCGGACCACAGAAGAUCCGAGCGUGGGGUCCGGGUCUGGAGGGAGGCGUUGUGGGAAAAUCUGCAGACUUUGUUGCUGAAUCCAUCGGGACGGACGUCGGUGUUCUCGGCUUUGCCAUCGAGGGUCCGUCUCAGGCUCGGAUCGAGUGUGAGGAUCAGAACGACGGCUCGUGUAACGUGAGGUACUGGCCCACUGAAUCGGGCGAAUAUGCCGUCCAUGUCAUGUGUGAUGAUGAAGACAUCGAAGACAGUCCCUUCAUGGCCUACAUCGUCCCUGAUAACAAAGACAACAACCCUGGCCAGGUCAGGGCUUAUGGACCAGGACUGGAGAAGUCUGGCUGUAUCAUAAACAAAGCUGCUGAGUUCACCGUCGAGGCCAAAGACGCCGGAAACGGACCACUGAGAAUCAUCGCACAGGAUGCAGAUGGCGCCCCCCUCGACGUGAAGGUGAAGAGCAAAGGAGAUAACGUUUAUUCCUGCUCGUAUACACCGACUUCGGCCGUCAAACACACGCUGGCAGUGACCUGGGGAGGUGUCAGUGUUCCCAACAGCCCCUUCAGGGUGAAUGUCGGAAAGGGAAGCCACCCUCACAAAGUCAAGGUGUUUGGCCCAGGAGUGGAGAGAAGCGGACUGAAGGCUCACGAACCCACACACUUCACCGUGGACUGCACUGAAGCUGGAGAAGGUGACGUCAGUGUCGGAAUCAAGUGUGAUGCUAAUGUUAUCAGUGAAAAGGAAGAGGAUGUUGAUUUUGACAUCAUUCCCAAUGCCAAUGACACAAUCACAGUCAAAUACAUUCCUCCUGGUGCGGGACGCCUCACGAUCAAAGUGCUUUUUACUGAUCAAGAAAUCCCGAUCAGUCCGUUCCGCGUUAAAGUGGAUCCCUCACAUGACGUCUCCAAAGUGAAAGCAGAGGGACCAGGACUCGCCCGAGCAGGUGUGGAGAGUGGAAAACCAACACACUUCACCGUUUACACCAAAGGAGCUGGCAAAGCACCUCUAGAUGUGCAGUUUUCUGGACCUAAUAAAGGACAGCCCGUUCAAGACUUUGAGAUCAUUGACAACUAUGACUAUUCCCACACCAUCAAAUACACACCUGUCCAGCAGGGAGAGAUGGUGAUAACAGUGACCUUCGGUGGAGACCCUAUUUCUAAAAGCCCCUUCGCUGUGGGUGUCGCGGCUCCGCUGGACCUUAGCAAGAUCAAAGUGGAUGGCCUGGAAAAUCGUGUGCAAGUGGGUGAGGAUCAAGAGUUUGCCAUUGGUACAAGAGGAGCAGGUGGACAGGGCAAACUGGAAGUCAAGAUCACCAGCCCCUCAGGGAAGUCCGUGCCCUGCACGGUCGAGCCUCAACCAGGUAAAGGAGCCAGUCUAGUGAAGUACAUCCCCAAAGAGGAGGGCGUUUACGUGGUGGAGGUCGUCUACGAUAGCAAUCCUGUGUCAGGAAGCCCUUUCCCAGUUGAAGCAGUUCUGCCUCCUGAUCCCAGCAAGGUCAAAGCAUUCGGUCCAGGACUGAAGGGUGGUCUUGUAGCAAGUCCAGCUGAGUUUACCAUUGACACCAAGGGCGCUGGAACCGGUGGACUCGGUCUAACCGUCGAGGGUCCGACCGAAGCCAAAAUCGAGUGCUCCGACAACGGCGACGGCACCUGCUCUGUGUCGUACCUCCCCACCGAACCCGGAGAGUAUCUAGUCAACAUUCUCUUCGAGGACGUCCAUAUUCCCGGCUCGCCCUUCCACGCGGACAUCCAAUACCCGUUUGAUCCCACCAAAGUGGUAGCGUCCGGAUCUGGGCUAAAACGAGGCAAAGUAGGCGAGAUCAGCGUGCUGAACGUAGACUGCACCAAAGCUGGACCAGGACAGUUGACGCUGGAGGCAGAGUCUGAUUCUGGAGCCAAAGCCAAGACUGAAGUUCUGGACAACAAAGACGGGACCUAUACAGUCACCUACGUCCCGCUGACAGCCGGUAUGUACACGCUACUGCUGAAGUACGGAGGGAAGGCCGUCCCCAACUUCCCCGCCAAAGUGACUGUGGAUCCGGCUGUCGAUACCAGCAAAGUGAAGGUGUUUGGACCAGGAGUUGCAGGAGAAGGAGUUUUCAGGGAGGCCACGACUGACUUCACUGUGGAUGCACGAGGUAUGACCAAAGCUGGUGGAAAACACAUUAAAGCUCAUGUGAAGAACCCGUCAGGUGCUGCUACAGACUGUGUUGUUAGUGACAACGGUGACGGGACUUAUAAUGUGGAAUACACACCGUUUGAGAAUGGAGUCCACAGCGUGGAGGUUCUGUAUGACGAGAGUCCGGUUCCAAAGAGUCCGUUCCAGGUCGGGGUGGGCGAGGGCUGUGACCCCUCACGUGUGCAGGCCAAGGGCCCGGGUCUGGAAGAAGCACUGACCGACAAACCCAACAAGUUCUCCAUCGUCACCAGAGGAGCUGGUAUCGGUGGAUUGGGAAUAACCGUAGAAGGUCCAUCAGAGUCGAAGAUGUCCUGCAAAGAUAACAAAGACGGCAGCUGUAAUGUGGAAUACACCCCGUAUGUGCCUGGUCUGUAUGACGUCAACAUCACGUAUGGAGGACAGCACAUUCCCGGGAGCCCGUUUAAAGUGCCGGUGAAGGAUGUUGUUGACUCCAGUAAGGUGAAGAUCUCUGGGCCUGGUGUCGGUUCUGGAGUGAGAGCUAAAGUCCCACAAUCCUUCACUGUGGACUGCAGUAAAGCUGGUGUCGCUCCUCUCUCUGUGGCUGUGACUGGACCUAAAGGUAUAGCGGAACCAGUUGAAGUCACAGAUAACGGUGAUGGCACACACACAGUGGCCUACACGCCGUCUGUCGAGGGCUCGUACUCUGUCGCGGUCAAAUACGCAGACGAGGAAGUUCCACGCAGUCCCUUCAAGCUGCGCGUUCAGCCCACUCAUGAUGCCAGUAAGGUGCGUGCCAGUGGCCCCGGGCUCACCACCGGCCUCUCGGCCAGCUUCCCGGUGGAGUUCACAAUCGACGCCAAAGACGCCGGCGAGGGCCAGCUGUCUGUGCAGAUCACUGAUCAGGAUGGUAAACCCAAGAAAGCCAAUAUUCAGGACAACCGCGAUGGAACCUACAAAGUGUCUUAUGUGCCGGAUAAGGUGGGCCGUUACACUAUUGUGAUAAAGUACGGCGGAGACGAGAUCCCAACUUCUCCAUAUAGAGUGAGAGCGACCACUGCAGGAGACGCCAGCAAGUGUACAGUCACCGGACCCGGCAUCGGGCCGACCAUCGGCAUCGGAGAGGAGGUCGGGUUUGUGGUGAACACUAAAGGAGCGGGGAAGGGGAAGGUCUCCUGCAUCGUAGUGACUCCAGACGGCUCUGAGGUGGAAGCUGAAGUCAUCGAGAACGAGGACGGCACCUUUGACAUCUUCUACACGGCUCCUAAACCCGGGACGUACGUGAUUUACGUGCGCUUUGGAGGGGAGAACAUCCCCAGGAGCCCCUUCAAAGUCAUGGCAACAGAUGAAGUUCCCAUGAUGCAGCAGCAGUCAGUCGAACAGCAAAAGGCGGCACCAGGCGUCGGCUUCCAGCCCUGGGUUACAGAUGGCGCGUAUGUUCCUGCUAACAGCGUGAACGGGACGGGAUACAGGCCUUUUGAUAUGGUGAUUCCCUUUACCUUUAGGAAGGGGGAGAUCACAGGUGAGGUUCACAUGCCGUCAGGUAAAACCGCCCAGCCUGAGAUCAUCGACAACAAAGACGGGACGGUCACUGUGAAGUACGCGCCCACAGAGGCAGGGCUCCACGAAAUGCACAUUAAAUUCAACGGGACGCACAUCCCAGAGAGUCCUCUGCAGUUCUACGUGAACAAUGCUAACAGUCCUAACGUGACGGCAUAUGGCCCGGGUCUGGUCUACGGGACUGCCAAUAAAACCGCCGUGUUCACCAUCUACACUGAAGAUGCGUCUGAGGGCGGCCUUGAUUUGGCCAUUGAAGGUCCAUCCAAGGCUGAGAUCAACUGUGUGGACAACAAAGACGGCACUUGCACUGUUUCAUACCUGCCCAUGCUGCCCGGAGAUUAUAAUAUACUCGUCAGAUAUAAUGACAAACACAUCGCAGGAAGUCCCUUCACAGCCAAAAUCACAGAGGACAAUAAGAGGAAGUCUCAGGUAAAGCUGGGCUCGGCUGCGGAUUUCUCUCUGGAUAUCACGGAGACGGAUCUCAGUCUUCUCACGGCGAGCAUCAAAGCCCCGUCUGGACGCGAUGAGCCAUGUUUGCUCAAGAGGCAGCCCAACAAUCACAUCGGCAUUUCCUUCAUCCCAAGAGAAGUCGGGGAGCACCUGGUGAGCAUCAAGAAGAACGGCCGGCACGUAGCUAACAGCCCCAUCACCAUCAUGGUGGUCCAGUCUGAGAUCGGAGACGCCAGCAAAGUCAAGGUCUUCGGUCAGGGUCUGGUGGAGGGACACACCUUCGAGAUGGCCGACUUUGUGGUGGACACCAGGGAAGCCGGUUACGGUGGUUUGGCGCUGUCCAUCGAGGGUCCCAGUAAGGUGGACAUACAGACAGAGGACAUGGAGGAUGGCACUUGUGGCGUCUCAUAUUGUCCUACAGAACCGGGCACCUACAUCGUGUCCAUCAGGUUUGCAGAAGAGCACGUCCCUGGAAGUCCGUUUAGCGUGAAAGUGACGGGUGAAGGUCGUAUCCGUGAGAGCAUCACUCGCCGUCAGAAAGCCGCUUCCGUCGCUAGUGUUGGAAGCGUUUGUGAUCUCAAUCUGAAGAUCCCAGAAAUCGAUCUCCAGGACGUCUCGGCGCAGGUCACCAGCCCGUCGGGAGCCACGGAGGCGGCUGAGAUGGUGGCGGUGGGAAAUCACACCUACUGCGUGCGCUUCGUGCCUCACGAGAUGGGCGUUCACACAGUGAGCGUGAAGUACCGCGGGCAGCACGUGCCAGGAAGCCCCUUCCAGUUCACCGUCGGCCCGCUGGGAGAAGGAGGAGCCUGCAAGGUGCGAGCCGGAGGUCCGGGUCUGGAGAAGGCCGACACUGGUGUGCCAGCGGAGUUUAAUGUGUGGACGCGUGAGGCGGGCGCCGGCGGUCUGUCCAUUGCUGUUGAAGGCCCCAGUCGUGCAGAAAUCUCCUUUGAGGAAAGGAAGGACGGAUCAUGCGGCGUCUCAUAUGUAGCUCAAGAACCUGGCGACUAUGAAGUGUCUAUAAAGUUCAACGACGAGCACAUUCCCGACAGCCCGUACCUGGUGCCUGUCUACGCUCCUGUAGACGACGCUCGGCGACUUACUGUUACCAGUCUUCAGGAGUCGGGUCUGAAGGCGAACCAGCCGGCAUCAUUUGCGGUGCGUCUGAACGGAGCAAAAGGCCACAUCGAUGCUAAAGUUCACAGUCCGUCCGGAGCCCUGGAGGAGUGUGUGGUGUCUGAGCUAGAGCAAGACAAGUACGCGAUCCGGUUCAUCCCUCGAGAGAACGGCAUCCACGUCAUCGACGUGAAGUUCAACGGGACGCACAUCCCGGGCAGUCCGUUCCAGGUGCGUGUGGGGGAACCGGGACAGAGCGGGGAUGCUGGACUCGUCACGGCCUACGGCCCCGGUCUGGAACGAGGAAGCACAGGUAACCAGGCUGAGUUUACCAUCAAUAACACCAAAGCAGGACCGGGAUCUCUGGCUGUCACCAUCGAGGGCCCGUCGAAGGUGAAGAUGGAGUGUCAGGAGUGUCCCGAAGGCUUUAAAGUGCACUACACGCCAAUGGCCCCUGGAAACUACGUCAUCACUAUCAAAUACGGCGGCCCCAACCACAUCAGCGGAAGCCCGUUUAAAGCCAAAGUCACAGGGGCACGGCUGGUGAACGUGACUAACGCCAGCGAGAUGUCCACUCUGAUGGUGGAUCCGGUGAGCAGGGCGAGCAGUGUGAACUCCUACAGCGUGUCUCCCAGAGCCGCUUCUGACGCCAGCAAGGUUCUCAGUCGAGGCCCGGGUCUCAGCAAGGCCUUCGUGGGCCAGAAAGCGUCUUUCUCUGUGGACUGCAGUAAAGCAGGGAAGAACAUGCUGCUGGUUGGUGUUCACGGUCCUCUGACGCCCUGCGAGGAGAUCCUGGUCAAACACAUGGGAAACAUGCAGUACAACGUCAGCUAUGUCUUAAAGGAGCGGGGCAACUACAUCCUGGCUGUGAAAUGGGGAGAUGAACACAUCCCAGGCUCCCCCUUCCAAGUCACCGUCCCAUAAUUCCCUGCGGUUAAUCAGAAACACCUCCUGACAGAAAGACACUGUACAAAAACAACUAGAAGACCUUCUUCAUUCUGUUGAACUUUGCACUUGAUCAGGUUUUUGACUGGAAUGUGACGCAUUAUGACGGUAAUGCUGACGGCAUGUUGUUAUGAUGCAUGAAUUGUACAUUACUUCUAUUUGUGGAUUUAGUUCAGCAUUGCAGGUCUUAAGAUGAGUGUGAAGAAGUUAAAAGACGGUGUAUGAACAAACUGAUCGGGGUUUCAAACCCAAACGUCUCUUUACUACUGAUAUUGACUCCAAUCGUUCGUCUCUUUCUAAAAUAGUCUCUUUUAAUGCACCUAUUAUAACCUUUCUUUGUCUGUUUGAUUCUCUGCAUAAACUGAACUGUGAUGUUCAUUCGCUCAUAAAUCAAAGCAUCAGCCAUCACUUCAAAUCACUUAAUUUCAACAGGUUUCAAUGCUACAUAUUGAAUAGUUUACAUAACUAAACUUUAGAUUUUAGCAAAUCCCUCAAGAGCAAAAAUCUUUUUUUUUUUUUUUGAAGACGCUAAUAUACAAAAGUCACAGUGAUAGAUUUAUGCAGGUCUUUCUCAUUAAGUUUGUCUUAAUUCUACUAGUUUUGAUACUCCAGUGGUGAAGUAUUUUGUAAGAGUUUUAAGGGCAAGAGGGGACAUUUAAUUGUUUUGUAUUUAGCCAUUGGUGCCUUUAUUGUGAGAAACAUGAAUAGAUUUGAUGUACAUUUGCUUAAAACUGACUGGAAUAAAGAAUUCAACAUUAAAGGCAGUGUCUCAUUAUUU